AUAAAACUGUUGAGCUCUACUUCGAGAGGCCCAUCUGACAACUCACCAACUUACGGGCCGGAAUUUUACCUCAAAAGUGCAUUAAUUGACUGGAAUAUAUCAUUCCAGAUCAAAGAUUCAUAUUCGUAGGAACAAGAAUAUAGGGCUUUCGCAGUCAUGGCAAGUCCUCGUACGAGAAGAGUGCUGAAAGAACUCAAAACAAUUGACAAUAACUUUUGCUUUGAAUGUGGAACUAAUAAUCCCCAGUGGGUUAGUGUAACGUAUGGUAUAUGGAUAUGUCUGGAAUGCUCGGGAAAACACAGGGGCUUGGGAGUCCACCUCAGUUUUGUUCGCUCAGUUACUAUGGACAAAUGGAAAGAUAUUGAGCUUGAAAAAAUGAAAGUUGGAGGAAAUCGAAAGGCAAAAGAAUUUUUCAAGUCCCAGCCAGAUUACAAAGAAAACUGGAGCUUACAAGAAAAAUAUAACAGCAAAUGUGCAGCAUUGUAUAGAGAUAAGAUCCUGACUGAGGCCUCGGGCAAGCCAUGGUCUGAAGCAACUUCCUCAGCCAGGAAUUACGUUCCCUCCAUGCCCCGUAACUUCAGCACUGGCAGCCUGCCUGCUGGGUCAGGAGGGAGCCGCAGUGGGUCCUCGUCUAACUUGCCCAGGACAGGGAGUUACAAUCUCAGCAGUAAUCAGGGUUACCAGUCUCAGCAGCAGGAUGAUAUGGAAGCUUGGUUAAACAGUGAAUCAGUGGUCAAACAGAAGGAAGAUUUUUUCAGCAGGAAGUUGGAUGAAAAUGCCAGCAGGCCAGA